AUGCUGCAGCACAAACAAAUCCAGCUGCAGCCCCAGGCCCAGGGCUGGGGGGCCCCAGGCAGCAGGGGGGGGCCCCCCGCAGCAGCAGACGGGAAUGUGUGUGGGUGCAGCAGCAGCAGCAGCAGCAGGGGCACGUACCAGCAGCAGCAAGCAGCAGCAGCAGCGGCAGCAGCAACAGCAAGCAGGAACAGCAGCAGCAGCUGCGGCAGCAGCAGCAGCAAACAGCAGCAGCAGCAGCAGGAGCAGCAGCAGCAGCAGCACAUUGCUGCUGCACUUGCUAGCCCGAGCUCAGCAGCAAAAGGCGGCGACGGCCCCACGCAGCAGCGAGCGCCCCUGUCCUCCUUUUCCUUUUUAAAGUAA